UCACUGGUUUGGGGUGAGUGGAAGCACAGGCCUGGACGCGUUGCAGGGGACGUUUGAUGAAUGUUGUGUUGCAAGUGAUUCAGAUUCAUUUGGGAUAACGUUUGUUAAAGAGCAUACUUGCACUUAAGUGAAACGGAAUCGGCCGUGCGUAAAGUCUGCGUAAAGUCUGACCACAGUUUGUGUUUUUUGGGCGGGCUGGGGGGGAAAUGUGGCGCUGCUGUUGUUUGGUGCUGGUGGGCGCGGUGCUCGUGAGCGCUCAGUUCCCCAGAGAGUGCGUGACACCCGAGGGACUGCGGUCUGGACAGUGCUGCCCGGCCCCCUCUGGGCUCCCCGGCGACCCGUGCGGCUUGAGCGCGGGCCGCGGCCAAUGCGUGUCCGUGGCGGCGGACGCGCGCCCCCACGGUCCGCAGUACCCGCACGACGGACGCGACGACCGCGAACGGUGGCCGGUGCGUUACUUCAACCGCACCUGCCAGUGCAACGGCAACUUCAGCGGCUAUAACUGCGGUCGCUGCAGGCACGGCUGGACCGGGGCCAACUGCGACCUGCGCGUUCCUGUCGUAAGAAGAAACGUGAUGCAGCUCAGCGCGGAUGAGAAGCGGGCGUUCAUCAGCGCGCUGGACCAGGCCAAGCGCACCGUGCACCCCGACCUGGUGAUCGCCACGCGGCGCUACACGGAGAUCUUCGGGCCCGACGGGAACACCGUGCAGUUCGAGAACGUCACCAUCUACAAUUACUUCGUGUGGACACACUACUUCUCGGUCAGCAAGACGUUCCUGGGUGCCGGGCAGGCCAGUUUCGGGGGGGUGGACUUCUCCCACGAGGGGCCCGGUUUCGUCACAUGGCACCGGUUCCACCUGUUGCAGCUCGAGCGCGACAUGCAGGACAUGCUGCAAGACCCCUCGUUCGCGCUGCCCUACUGGAACUUUGCUAUCGGUGGGAGCACCUGUGACAUCUGCACGGACGACCUAAUGGGAGCCAGGAGCAGCUUUGACAUGAAUUCCCUCAGCAGCAACUCCCUCUUCGCCCAGUGGAGGGUCAUAUGCGAGAGCGUAGAGGACUACGACACACUGGGAACCAUCUGCAACAGCUCUGAGACGUCUCCCAUCAGAAGGAACCCGGCAGGGAACGUCAACAGGCCGAUGGUCCAGCGUCUCCCAGAGCCCCAGGAUGUGGCAGACUGUCUGCAGGUCAACACUUUUGACACACCGCCCUAUUACUCCACCUCCUCCGAAAGCUUCCGAAACACAAUCGAAGGCUACAGCGCCCCCAAGGGGAACUACGACCCUGUUGUGAGGAGCCUCCAUAAUCUGGCCCACCUCUUCCUGAAUGGGACGGGAGGACAGACUCACCUCUCUCCCAAUGACCCCAUCUUCGUCCUGCUGCACACUUACACUGACGCUAUAUUUGACGAGUGGUUGAGAAGACACAGUCCAGAUUCCACUCUCUAUCCUCAAGAAAACGCCCCCAUUGGUCACAACAGAGGCUACAACAUGGUGCCUUUCUGGCCACCAGUGACUAAUGCCGAGAUGUUUGUGACUGCCCCGGAAAAUCUGGGUUACUCCUAUGAAGCUGAAUGGCCAGGUCAAGCUCUAACAUUGACGGAGAUCAUCACCGUAGCGAUAGUCGCCGCCCUCAUGCUCGUCGCCGUCGUUUUCGCCGGCACCACGUGUGCCGUGCGUGCCAGGUCGCACAAGAUGGAGGGCCACCAGCCUCUGCUCGGGGACCACUACCAGCGCUACGACGACGCCAAGAGCCAAUCCGUGGUCUAAGUGCGCCAUUUGAACAUGAGCCUCUCCAUCCUCUUUACUUUUCAAGUGACACAGCGUUGCGGUUUGUUGAAGCACAGAGGUGUCGUCACUCCAGAGCAUGUGUAGAUUUUUUUUAAUGACACAGCGGUAAAAUGUUGACUUUGCUCAUGUGCAUGUAGCUAAUAUGGUGGUGUUGCAUUUUUCGUUACAGAUAGAACAGAUGUGCGGCACUCAUUGAAGAUGCAUUUGUCAUUGAAAAUGUUAGAUGUGUGCAGUUCUGAUUGACAUUAUAGUUUUGCAAAGAUUCAGGGUUGGGAAAAUUGGAAUAUGUUGUCAAAUAAAAGAGACCGUGGCCAACUGAAGUGUUGGUGUUAUGACAGCAGGUGGUGCUGAACUUGUGCUGUCAGGAUCAGCAAUGCUGCCUCCUGUAGUUCCGAUUUUAAUAAGUGGAUAAAGUGUAAAGAAGGUUGAUUCUGACUGUUUUUUAACACUUUAUUAAGGAAUACAGUGAAACAAAUGAAUUAAAACAUAGAGGGGUACAAGUUCCACCAUAUUUGUAGACCAUUUAAUAAGUGAAGGAGAAAUGCUUCUAAAACACUAGUAGGCUAAGGGAGGCAUAACGCCCACAAAGGGGUGCAAGAGUUCAAUUUCUAAAACUCUUCGUGUUGUUGGUAAAAGAUAUAAUUUGAGGUGAGGAAGGAUCGUAUUUUAAAAGAUGUGUUAAGAUAAAUUGAUCAAAAUUACCAGGUCAAAUGUAACAUUUGAAAGAAAAAUGUCUAUAAAGUUCUAAUCCAAUGGUU